AUGGCAAAGGUAGAAUUAGAAGAAGAAUUUGAUGUCAAUGAUUUAGAAACCUUAACUCCUGCCCAAAUUAAGGAUUUAAAAACCAAACUGGGCGAAGGAAUGAAAAAGAUGAAAGAGUUACAAAAGAAAAAAACCGAGGAACUAACUGAGGAAGAAAGCAAAGCCUUGGCUAAUCUUCCUAAUUUACAAGAAGUCCAAACCCUCACUCAGGAUAUUCAAAAAACCGAAGAUUUUAGUAAGAAAGUUAUCGGAACUUGGGAUUAUGUUUAUGCCGGUGGAAUUUCCCUGGCAGUACUCUUCCUUACAUUAUUAGCCAAACCGGCCAUUGCCGGAUUAAUUAAAUUUGUAAUUGGAGCCGGACUGACUUAUUUUGCCGCGAAACCGAUAAUUGAAAGGUGGGGUUCUACUCCGGCUAAUCGAGCCGAGCAGUUAGGAGUUCCCAAAACGCAAUUAUAUGAAGACGCAAAAAAACGUCGAGAAGACAAGAAGAAUUAUUACGAAGAAAAAAACAAAGAGGUUUUAACUGAAUUAGCCGAGUUAAAGAAACAAUUGGAAAAGUUAGAAAAACAAAAAACUAAACAAGCCCAAGAAAUAGCUGAUGAAUCUGAUCCGACCGAGAAGACUAAAAAAAUAGCGGCACUGAAAGAUACCGAAAAAGAAAUUAGUGGAGUUCAAACGCAAAUCAAAGAAAAAGAAAGUCAAAUUGCCAAGAAUAACAAAGAACUAGAAAAAGUUUUUGAUGAUAUUGGAAACUUUUCUCAUUUAACCGAAGAGCAAUUUGCCGCCAAAUCAAACUCUCCUGACUUAGGAGCUUGGAAAAAUUGA